AUGCAACCGAUUCCGGUUCAUCCUGCAGCAGCUGUUCAUACGCCGGAACCGGGAGAGCCGUAUCAACGGCAUGGCCAUUGUCUAUAUCCCGCCCAACUGGCAUAUGGAUGUCACGGUGCGCCGGCGGGAACACAGUUUCAGGAGCUGGAGACACGGCACAAGCAGGCUGUCAAGCAGGCUCUGGAGAUUUCAUGGGAGGAGGACCAUCAGAGCCCUCAGCUAUCACUUCACUGGCUCGUCGAUCGCCCACGCGCUCCAGUGAAUCCUGUUUCUUCGCGAACCCGCGAGGCCUUUGCGACCGAGCGCGACGUGUCGGUCAUUUUCCGUGGAGACCUGGGUGCAGACCGGGACCCGCUGACCGCGCUCGCGAAUGCGUUCUAUCGCGACAGCCUGGCCGCCCACAAUGUCGCCAUGGGCUGGUACUCCACAUCUAAGCCGUUCCUCCAGAUCGGCAUGAUCAAGGAGACAGAGACGCGCCCGCAUUACGCAGCCGACGCGCAGAGUAGCUUCAUGCACUUUGCCGAGUACGUCACGGUCCUGGGCUUUGGGCUGACGCAGGAGCACGAGUACUCGCUGCGCUCGCGCCCCGCCUGCGCCUACUACGCCACCAAGGCCGUCUUCCUUCGCGCGUCGUUCGACCGCGAAGGCGCCAUCUUUGCAUUCAUCGGGCCCGACAGUGAUCUGCUCGCCGGCGAGCUGUGCUACCCGCUGUGCAUGGAAGACCAAACUAACCGUGCUUUUUCCCGACAUCAACGCGUCGGCAGGUGCCGGAACCGGAAUGAACCUGAAAACCGUUAUUUGUGA